UGGAACUUGACGCGGCGGUGACGAGUAAAAGAGGGAGAGAAAGGAGUAAACGUGGAAGGAGAAUAAAAAAGUGGGAGAAGAAAAUUCUGAGAGAUCCUGCGGCGGUCUCGGAAACUCGGAAACGGUUGUAUGUGCGUUCUAUGGCGAAACGUCAUAUAUCCCGCCGAUGAAUGAAGCGUGCACGGAGCUUACACGCGCGUGUAUACACGCACUGUUUUACGUUAUCCACAAGAUCCUCGCGCGCUCGUGUUAUUAUCGAUCAUAUUCCGUGUGCGUGUUUAUACUUCUCCCUCCUCUUUUGGUUGCCAUGUUUAAUCGCGAAAGAGUAAGGUCCUGACAUACCACGUGAUCAUAUAGUUUACAAACGGUCGUUGUGAUAAACUGCUGAGAACGCGAUACUAGCACAUACGUAGAGCGCGUGCGUUAUGUGUACGUAGGAUUUGCGUGUCGAAGAAAAAAAGGAUAAAAUACCGCGCACGAUUUUCUCAAGACGCUCAUGGAUAUUCAUGAGGAACAUGGAUGAUGAUAUGAUGGUUUUAUGGAAUGUUACCUACAUGGUUCAAGAAUAAAAAUAUGAAGAGUAGUAGUGAAAAAGAACAGUCUGAAGAUAAAAAAAAAUAUGUCUUCUUCUCAGAUCCAGAUGUUAUUGCUAAACGUGCCGAAACCUCUGCUAUUACAGCACAGAUUAUAUUAGAAGCACAACGACCAACUAUCGAAAAUCAAUUAGUCAACUUACAACAAAAAUUGCUAUCAUAUCAUCCUAUACAGCCAUAUCCUUUUCCAUUUAUUAGCGCGGUGAAACAAAAACUUGCUUUAGGAGAUUGUAUUAAUGCCAAUUCAAAAACAUACAAUUCAAGUUUUCAAGCAAAGAACAAUUUGACUACUUCAGUGUUAAAAGCAAAUAGUACACAGAAUUUGUGUCAAAUUGUACAGAAAAUGGAUUAUAUUAAACCACUGAAAGUUCCAGAUUUGAAAAUUUCUCCCAAAACAUUGGAUUUCUCCAGUAGAAAUAAUUCUGUCUCAAAGGAACUGCCUUCAACAAAGUCUGAAAUAACUGCAAAGGAAUUUGCGCAUGAUAGAUCUGACAGAACACUAAGAACUGGCGAAAAAGUACAAAGAAAAUUAGAUUUUUCCUUUUCAGAUGGAUCGUCAAUUAUUAAUUGUGAAAAUAUAGAGCCAUUGAAAGCGCCAAAUGUGUCUAUAGCAUCUAAUUUAUGUAAGAAAAAGGAACAUGUUAGAGACAGCUCCAGGGAAAAGGAAAAUAAAUCUAAAAGAAUGAAGAAAGACGAGUCUUUGUAUGAAAAGAGGGAUGAAUCUAUGCAAGAACAUACAAAACGCAGUCGAAGCCCAAAACAUAUUUCUAGAAAAGAUGCAAGCAACAUAAGAUUACAAAAUGAUAAACCAUUUCAUGCUAUAAAAAAUAAUGAUUGUUUGUCUAUGAAAUUAAAAGACAAAAAUGUUUUAAUUUCUACUACUAAAAAAGAUAAUGAUAAAAGACAAAAGUUCUUUAAUGCACAAUCUGUAGAAUUGAAAAAUAAAUCUGUAGACUUUGAAGGUCGAAUAUCGAGCAACGAAUCGCUGAUCAUUCCAUUGGAUAAAGUUACUCUGAGAGACAAUAACAUUAGUGUUUUAUAUAACAUUACUGAAACUAAAUCUAAAGAUAUUUGCCAUUUGAAGCAAAAGUCUGAGAUAGAAGACUCGAAAUUACAUUCGAAUCAUCAUACAUCUGAUCAUACAUCUGAUUCAGAUGAUAGACAAUUGAAAGAAAAAUCAAAUAGUAUUUAUAAGGAGCAAACAAAAAGAGUGUUUGAUAAAAGUAAAAUUUUGAGUAACAGAAAGAGAGUCGACGAAAAACAACACAGUGCUAAUACGGAAUUAUCAGAGGAUAUCGGAUCCACAUCUGAAACAAAUAGUUUUAAGAAUUGUGCUUAUGUAAAUUCUACACAGCCAUCGAAAAGUAAAGAUCUUGAAACAGCUAUGGAAAUUAAACAGAACAUUAAUUAUGUCAGAUCGAUUAAAACUUCCGAAGAUUUUAAAUAUGUGGAACAUUCUGAGACACAGCUCACAAGCACAAGCACUAAAAAGAACGAAUCAUAUUCCCAAAGCGUCAUUACAAAUAAAGAAACAACUGCUAAUGAUGAUUCGAAUAAUGUAGAUAUCAGUACAUUGCCAGAAAUAUUAUUUGAUGCUAGAAGGAUCUCUUUCAGGGACGGUUAUUCUCAACAAGAAUUUUAUGAUUUAACUACGCCGGAAAAAAUUAAUCUUGUAAGAACAAAACGAAGAAGAAACUUGAUACCAAGUAGUGAUUCAGAAGUAGAGGCGAGAUGUCCACAAUAUAAGUUAACAAUAAAAUCUGAGAAAGAGCAAGAAGAAGGACAAUUGAUGCAUCCAAAAGCCUUACAUAAACAGUUUCGAGCAGAACUGCAGCUUUACGACUCUUUUAACGAGUCUCUUAGGCAAGCCACAGAUGUCGAAAAGUGUUUAUACAAUACUAAAUGCGAGCAAGAACAAAAGAAUUUACAAAAAGUAACUGAAAAAGAUGAUAAAUCGGAGAGAAUUGUUGAAGAUGGCUGUUUAGUUGCUGUAGAUGACAAUAAUACUGUUGAGAAAGCAAAUGUAGCAAGAAAUUCGAUUGAAGAUGCGAAAAAAAAUAUCGCCGGAAUGCGGAAACCAAGAGAUGAAGCACAGUUUAAGAGAAAAUAUUACGUUCUGAAAAAUCAAACUAACGUCAACGAAUCAACGGGUAUUAAUUAUGGAAAUAAAGCAGUGGUCAAAGUAGCGGAAGUACAAACUCAAACGGUGAAUGAUAUAGCGACUCAAACGAACAUAUCCACAGACAAACAAAACGCGCAAAAUAAAUUAUCGGAAAUCAUUGGAAAGAUAUAUGAACAAUCAUCUUCGAUGGAAAAUGAUAUUCCCCAACAAUCUUUAAAUUCGAUUGAGCAACUUGCGAAUUUGAACCAAAUAGAAGAUAUAUCUAUACCAAGCAGAAUAAGGACCAUGUCGGAGAUUAGUUUACAUGAAACUACCUCGUCGGUAAAAACGGAAACUGGAACUGAAAUUAGUAUCUCAACUCGAGAUAUAACGUUUUCGAUUAAUUAUUAUUUAAAUUUAGAGAUAGAACGACUUAUAAGAGAUGAGAACCAACGAUGCAAUGAAGUGGAGGAAAUCGUAAAUUCUAAACAAAAAGCAUUGAACAAUAGAACUAAAAAAUUGAUGAUGCAGUUAGAAGAACAGAAACGUGCGUUAAGAGACACAGGACAAGACAGUCGUUCUGUUAAAAAGAAACAAAGAGCUCUGAUUUUAAAGCAGCAACAAGAGGUAGAAAAUCUUAACAAGACAAAAAAAAUGUUUCAACAAAUGACGGAAGAACGAAUAAAUAUGUUUCAAAAACAAAUAAAUAUGUUGAAACCGGAAAUGUCAACGAGGAAUAUUUUAACGAAAUUGAAGAGAAGUGCUGACAGCCAAUCGCCGAGAAGAUUAUCGGGUCCUAUGAAGGGUUACGACAUACGUAGUAAUAGUUCUAGGAGCUCUGUGAUAGAGUCGGAUAAAUCUCAGUAUGAUUGCUCUAAUAUAGAACCAUGCUUACAAGAAUUUGAGAGCGACUCAACCAAACUUGACUUGAUCAAUUCUGAUGACUUGGCUAAAAGUAAAGAAUUACGAAAAAAGAAUCCCGCAAUGUCGCCGAAAAGAAGCGAUAUAUCGAUACACGAGCUAAAAUCUCGAAAAUAUGAAGAAAAAAUGCCAAAAGCAGAUAUUUUGCAGCGAAAACAAAAUCAACGCGAUAUGAAAUCGAAACGGAUUCCUAUGAACAUAAAACAGCUCUUGGAAAAUCAGGAAUCAUCGAUUGGAAAAUCACAAUUAUCGAAAUUAGAAUUAAUAAAUACAUCAGUAUCUGAUUACAUAAAAUCCGAAUCCGAUCCGUUAAUGGAAGAAUUGUUCAAGAAAACAUCGCAAGCGGUAGAUCUCUCCAUGCGAACUGCGACCAUCGCGAAAGAAAAAGAAUCAACUUCUAAUAUUAUAACCGCUAACAAUGAAUCUAUAGAGGAAGAGAUAAACACGAUAGCUCAAGAUACUGUCUCCAAAACGACACAAUCGUCACAAAUUUCCGAAGACAUAUUGCAGACAAAUACUAGUAAGAGCUCUAAGAAAAUUGAUAAAUCUGUCACGAGCGAUAGAGACAUAUCCAAAAAGUCGCAAUACAGUGAUGAGUUAAAUGCGAAUUUUAAACAAAAGAAUUUCAAGUAUCAAAAAAUGAAAUCAUCUAGUAUAUUAACGGAAAAUUUGUUACAAUCCAAAUCAAGUUCUCAUUUAUCUGAAGAAUUUACCAAACAUCAAGAUAAACAAACAAAACUUAAGCACAAAUUGCUUCACUUAGAUAACAAUAAUGAAAGUUCAAUUUUAAAUGAAUUAAAUUUAAAUGAGAGCCAAGAAUUGCUUCAGAUACCUGUUAAACAUUCAAAACUUAUAAAACGUAAAAACUUAAAAUUGAGUGAAACGCCUAACAAUUACAAGAGUAAGGAAAGUAUGUUUAGUCAAAUUUUCAACAGAAAGCUCGAACAUGAUGAGAGUUCUAUCAGAAAUGAACAAAAUAUGUCUACGUCUCAAAUUAGCACUUUUGCUAUUUCCCAUCACAGUUCUAAAGAAAGUGAGAAAAAUUUAUCAAAAUCUGUUGUCGUUAGAUCGCAAGACAGACAUUUGGAACAAAUUUUAAUUGCGCGCGAAACUGACCUCAUAUCGCGUAAGAAUCGCAUCAAGGAAUGCAUGGAGCGGUACGCGAAAUUAAUAGCGGAAGAAGAGGAUAUAGCUCAUAUGGAGCAGGAGGCAUUUAAACUUUUUGCAACUUCCAAUUUUGUCAUGAAACAGCAAGAUACUACUAUCUCGUCUGAUACAAGCGAUAUCGAGGGAAGAAUAGGACUUCUUGCUGAAAAAUUGAAGAAACGACGCAUUCAAGUAGCGCUUUUAAAAAAAGAAAAAAAGAAGCAAACAAAGAAACAACUACUUGCUCUAGAAGCAAAUUUAUCGAAUCAACUUAAAAAGUACGAUAUGACUAUCCACGAAAUGUGCAAAAGGUUGGAAACAAAGAAAUCUACGAAAGAAACCGACAAAUUAGCUAUAGAACCAAAAUUAUUGGCUGAAUUCAAAGUACCUGAAAUACCGCUAAAAAGAAUACAAAACAUUUAUAAGAGUAGCGAUUUAUUGAGAUCUAAAUCAGAAUCUGAUCUUCUACUAACAAGAAAUCAGUUAAAAGAUCCGUUAAAGAUUACAAUUCCUAUAACCUAUGAUGAUAAACAUAAAAAAAAUAAUUCUAAAAAAUCUAAAUACACGAACACCAAGAGUACAAACAUUUCAGAAUUAAAGGAUACUAAGCAAACUGCUUCCGAUGAAUAUACAUCGACAGAAGUUUAUGAUAAGAUUCAAACAACAACUUCGGGAUUACUGACUGCAAAUGAGGCACAUUUGGAAAAAUACGUUCUUUCUGAAGAAACUCAAAUCGAAGGUGAAGAAUCCGCUUCUGCCGAGACAAAACAAAAUAGCAUAUCUGGCAAUGUGGAUGUUGAAACGAAUCUCAAUACAAUAAGAUCGGAAUCGGAAGUGCAAACAUUAUCGGAUGCAAGAUCUAUAGAUCAUAGUACUAUUAACACCGACUCAACAAAUAAUAGACUAAUGACUAAUGUUGAUCGGUUUGAACCACAGAUUAAUCUACAAUCCGAGAUUCGGGAAAUAAGAAAUGACAAUAUAAAAUCUAUUCCCAGAAAAUCCCACUAUUCUACGGAAAGUGCUGCACAUACAGUCGCUGAUUCCGAUAUACUUACUUAUUCAAAGAAAUUGGACUUUUUACAAUUAAAUAAUAAAAAUCUGAGCAAAGAUAUAAGUGCUAUCGAAAAUGAAAUUAAGGUAUUUUCGGAAAUAAUGUCGCGUUUGAAUAACGAAUCGAAUGAAAAAUCUAAAAUAGAUAACGAUGAAAGAAAUACAUCACAGGAUAUAUCAGAGAUAAUAUCUAAAUCAGUUUUUAGUGACAAAAUCGCUGAUACUGUAAAUGAGGAGAAGCAUACGAUAUCAGGGGAAAUUAAUACCGAUUCUAUUUCGGCAACUAAUGGAAAAUCAAAAUCUUCAAAUGAUUUGAAUCGUAAUAAUUAUAAAUCGGACGAAAUAAAUAAUGAAAUAUCGACGAUAAUUUCAGAAAAAGUUCAUCUCUCCGAUUUGGCUCGUGAAAUUGAUUACGAAGCUAAAAGCAAAGAGAUUAUGAAUGAAAUAGAGAAAUCGAUAAUAUCAGAACAUAUUAAAAUGGAAUGCGAUGAUUAUAAUGCUACAACUUCGAUAUUAGAAAAUGAAGACAAAGGAUUGUUGAAUGAUUUAAUUUCGAAGCCCGAGAUAAAAUCGAUUUCUGAAAUUUUGUCCAAAUCGGAUAGCAAAAGAAAUCUUGAUCAAAAAAAGAGUACGGCGACGCAAAUUAUCGAUGACUCGAAAAGGUAUAUAAGUGAACGAAGUAUUAAUUUAAAUGAAGAGAAUUUGGAAAAACAUUUUGUUCAAAGUCAAGCAAAAGAAACAUAUUCGUUGAAAUUUUCUGAACAUUCUCAUUCUCCAAUCAUUGCGGGUCAUCGUUCGAAAGAAAAUUGCGAAACUCAAAGUGAUUUGCGAAGCACGUGUAGUGCAGCUUCAAGUCGAGCUUUGCGUGUUGUUGCCGGUGAAGAUUCAAAAUCAUCGGAUAAUAUUUCCAAAGUAUUGGGGGCAGAAAUUAGUAUCGAUGAUAAGAGAAUAUUAAAGAACCUCGAUGAAGAUGUUGAAACAAGUGGAUUGCUCGAUCAUACCAAACAUUCAAUAGCAUUUGCAUCUAAUACUGAUCUAGAUCAAUCGCAUGUAACUCACACGGAAAAUAUUUCUCAGGAUAAAGACGAUUGGACAAUUUCUGAUUCAUUCCAAAUCCCACAAGAUGAAAUUAGUUCUCAAGAACGAGAUGAGAAUACGAGCUUACACGUAGAUUAUAUAGACGAUGCUUUGAAUAAUUUCUCGAAGAAAAAUUUAUCACAUUGCGUUGAAGACGUAAUGAAUCCAGAUGCUGAAAUUAAUUUGACAAAUAAUGUUAAUAUGUCGACGUGUAUUCCAAAGACAGAAUCUACUAAAAUCGAGGUGCACGAUGUUACUUACAAUAAUGUAUUAACGGGAUCUCACAUGAAAAGUAACGAUGAACUUGAUGAUAUAUUAGAUAUAAUCGCUAGAGAAAACAAUCGAGAAGAGAAUAUUACUAAUAAAGAAAAGCUUGAUAACGUUAUCUCAGAUUCUAUGGCCGAAUUAUUAGAAAAAGUUAAGGAUAUUGAAAACGAUGUAGAUAGCGCAGAUAAUCGUUUUAAAGAAAUUUUAUGCGAUAUGAAUAUUGGUGUAAAUAAUGAAACUGAAGUUUUGGAUCUCUCAUCAUUGAAUAAAAAAGCGCAAAAUAAGACAAAUAUAGAAAAUAUAAGCGAAAAUAACAUAGACUUCCCAAGUACAUGUAAUGAUAGACCUAAUAAUCGCGAAAAAGUGAUAGAUAUUUCGUUACAAACAGUUGGUGAAAUCAAUGAUAAAUCCGCUGUAACAGUAGAUUUGCAUGUGGAAAUCAACAAUGAAGAGAGUCCACGCGAAGCGAUACCAGAAAUACAAGAAAUUAUAAUAACAGAACUGGAUUCAGAUAGCGUGGAAGAUAAUGUUUUAUCGGAACUUGAAAUCGAUGCUAAAGUUGAAUUGGCUGAAGAAGAAGAAUCUGCCGCAAACUGCGUAAACGAAGACAAGAAACUGUACGCUGUGACAGAAAAGAGAGAUAUUAUAGAAAUAAAAGAAUGUUUAGAACCAAUUUUGGAACAAGAUAGUUCGGAUGGCGAGCAACUGGAUAAUUUGGUGGAAGUUGUUGAAAGCGGAUUGGAUACUGUAGAAAAAAUCAUUGCAUCGUCGCAUGACUUUCCCGUAUCGUUAAGAGACGAUGCAGUCUCGGAAAAUGAAGGGAAAACAGAUAAGAUUGCAACUGAAAAGAUUGAUGAAAUCAUAAAAAUACCGAAUGCACUAAUAAACGAAAAUCUCAACAAAACUUUUGACAUAUUAAAAGAUCCAGAAUACGAAGAUAUUUCCGAAGAAAGUCUUGAGGUGUCUGAAAUUUUUGACAAAAAUGACUUUUCGAAAGCAGGCAUCGUAAGAAAAUCUUCCAACUUACCGGAUAAGUAUCAAGCUACUCAGAAAUCCGAAGAAGUAUUAAGAAUAUUGGACGAAAUUUCGCAAAGAUCAUCCGAUUCUAUAAGUAAUUCGCAGAAGAACGAGAAAAGUGCUGCGCAGAGUGAAACGCAAGAAGAGAUCAGUGAGUUACUCGGUGCAGAAGUUUCCGCGAAAGAUGAAAGUUUGUCUCCUGAGAUGAAUAAGAUGACGAGAAGCAAAAUCGAAGAGAAAUCUUACAAAGUGGACGAUGAAUCGAGAAAUCGGUUUUUGAAAGGAAUAGAAUUACAAGAUGAGCGAUCGUUAGCAAAGACUAUUAGCUAUACGGACUUGCCCGGAAAAGACGCGGCUCCAUUAAGAUUAGACACGCACGACGAUGAUGACAAGUCCACUCGGAUAAUAUACGAACUGCAGGAAAGAGUUUCGCAGCUGCAAGAACAGGAUGGAUCAUCUGAAUCUAGCGAAGCCGGCGAUACUCCAAGAGGUGUUUCCGAUAUUGAGAUGGACUCUCCGAGAGACUUUAAUGAUUCCAGAUUGGACAUUGAUAUCCUGGACGACGAUUUAUUGAGCGGUACUAAAGCAAUGACAAAUCAGAGCGACAAUGAAAAAACCAAUUUUCAUUCGGCGUCUAUCGUCACUACAUCCGAGAAUGACAUUACGGCUAUGAUUGAUAAAUUAAAAGCUUCACUGGAACAACCUGGUCUUGAGGUCGCUGAACUGGAAGCGAAGUUGCUUCGCAUCGAACAAUUACAGAUCGAAUUGGAGAUCAAGAAAUUAGAAGCUGAGGAAGUGUCAUUCUACGUUCGAGAAAUACCAAAUAAACCGCCGCCUCCCUAUACUCCGCCUGGAGAUGGCCGAUUAUCUGCCUCGUUAGCUUCACCUUCGACAAUCACAGCUGUAAUUCCAUCCAAUGUCGAGGAACUAACAUUGUUCACUGAGAAAGCCACAACUUUAAUAUACAAUGCUAAACUGGCCGGCGAGGAUAUUGCGAAUUUGGAAGCGCCUGUCGAGAUUUAUGACUCGAUCAAGGACAAAACGAGUGAAAACAGAGACAGACGGAUAUACAAUAUCUUCCUCUUCGAUCUUUGCAAAGAGACCAUCGUGGAGGUCUUUCGGGCAGAAUACGAAAAGCCUGGUCCAAGCUGGACGAAACCGAACGUGAAAACGAAGCCUGCAAUGAAAAUCCCAAAGAGUGUGGAGGAGCUCAUUGAGUACGUUAACAAGGAAGUUGCCACGCUGUUUGGUUUUAAAACAAAACUACAACGGGAGAACAUGGUGAUGCGUUGGAGUAGGAAACGUAGAGAUCGCGUCGACGAGUUGCUGGCGAGAGAAGCUCAAGCCGAGGAGGACGAAUGGACAAAGUUUCAUCAUGACGAAUUGGUAGUGAAGAACGGACUCACUGUAGCUAUACUGGAUACUCUCGUGAUGGAAACGGCAAACGUAGUAAAAAUAGCAUACAGUAAAAAAAGGAGACUAAUGGUAUAGCAAUCAUAAUCUUUGCACCAUAGACAUAUUUAUCAUAUCUUGCAAUAUGAUAAAACGAAGAUAAAGAGUGUAUAAAAUAUUCUCAUGUUUUUUUCCUCAGGACUGUGUUUCCCACGUUACAUUCUCAAACUUUUAUUCGUUAAUUUUAUAACAUGUAACAUAUAGGCUGGUUCCUAUUUAUUUGUUGAUUAUUACAAUUUGUUGCUUUUUUUUUGAGCUGAUAUGUAUGAACAUUAUAGUAAAUACAGUAAAAAACAAGUUGCAUAAUGAGAUAAUGAGAAAUAUGUAAGUGACAGAGAGAUAAGAUAAUAAUAUUAGCCAUUAAUAUGUUUUAUCCACACAAUUCGAUAAUCAAACGUCCUAGGUCAGUUUAAAACUUUAUCUCUUGUUAACAGCGAGUUUGACCAAGUGUCUAAUUAUAUUUACAUAUGGGUUAUCAUAAAACAAUUGAUGCGCGCAUAAGAAGUAAUAUACUUUCUGUGUAUUCGAAAAUGACAAGUAUUCAUCACUGAAUAUAAUUGUAGAGCAUUUUGUUCGAUUUAUCUCGCACAAUAUUGAUAGCGGAAGUAUGAUCUUCUGCUAUCAAUAUUUCUUCUAUUCUAUAAGUUUUACAUUUUAUCAUUUUCAUUGUAGUUUUAUAUAAUUACGUAUUGCGCACAUCACUUGCGCAACAAUUUAUGCUCUCGUUGCACUAUAAUUGAACGAAAUGCUCCCUCGAUUGUUGUGUAUGUAAAACAUAUUUUAGCGAAACGUAUAACAUAAAUAUAGUAAAUUUCGCAAUAAGUCACAAGUUGGGGACGAUGGUCAUAUGUGCUCAAUUACUUGUAAAUGAAAUUAACAAAAUUUAAACGGAAAGACUGACAUUUUGGGGCCAUUUUGAUCGAAAUUAUAAACUGUAAUAAAAUUAAAUAAAAUACACAUAGAUCGAAAUUGUAACAGACAUCGGCUAUACAGGGUGAGGCGCAUAAACGUUUUAUCUCUGAGAAUACAUUUCCCUUUCUCUCUUUUUUCUUGUCUUAUUACUCUUAAGUAUUUUAAAUUAUGGUGUCUUAUAUGUGUUUCUCUUAUAUAUUAGUUUUUAUAUUAAAUCAAUUGGAGAGAGAUUAAUCUUGUAAAUGAAACAUACAGAUAUAUAUAGCCCCUACAAUCGUGUAGAAUAUACAAUCGAAUCCUAUAUAACAUAUUACAUUUAUUAUUAUUGACACAAACUACCUGUAAUUUCAUUUAUUGAUGGACUGAUAAUCGAUCGAUAUACAUUUUAGUUUGCAAAUCGCGUAACGGUCGAUGCGUUCCGUUGCACUUAGUUUUAUGUUUAUGGUUGUGAUGUAAAUGUAAGGCUUGCGAGAAUGUACGAUGGCAACGUACAUUCAAAUAUUGUAGUGCGUGAAUGCAUCUUUCAUAAUUUUUCAUUCAAUGUCAUCGUCUUGAAUGUGCGCUACUUCUAAGUUCUUGUACGCUUUAAAAAUGUAAAUACUGCAGCGCUCAAGUGCUCAUCGUCCAGCGUUGUUCCUAUAUGCACAUAAGUAACACCGCUCUUUUAAUUAAUUUUAAUUGUAACUUUUAUUAAAAUUCUCAUACGCGAACCGCCCUGAAGAUCCUUCUUCCGUUUACAGGGUACUCUUCUUAGUGUUAUUCACAAUCCUCUUUACAUUAGCCGUUCUCGGCCAUAUCUGUAGUUGUUACAGAGAUUGUUCACGUAUGUAGUGUUGAAUAUGUACUUAAUUAAGGUAUAAUAUAUUUUAUAAUAAACUUUUUUGGAAAAGAGAGAA